AUGUCUUUGACACGUCUUCACCCGAACAUUUGGCGGAUUACUCCCAAACACAAUAAGUACGGAGCUAAUAAUAAUAUUACUACCCUUUUUCACUUAAACUCUUACAAGUCUCGUUCGUUUGCAAAUUUGAUCACCUUCUACCAUUGUCACCAUUCAUUGCUAAAAGGUUUAAAGCACUCGAAAUCAAAAUCAUCGCUAUCAAAGUUUCCAAUUUCACAAUCUAUCUUACCUCAAAAUCACUCUUACACCACAUCCUCAAAAUCAAAUAAUCAAAUAAACUCCACAACUCUUGGAUCCCGGAAAGAUAUUGAACACGUAACGGCAGCUUCAGUGUAUACACACGAUAUCCCUUUGACCUCUGAAAUCCCCUUAAACAACGAUGUUCCAUUGGCCACUGAUAUAAAUGUAUCAAUAAAUGCUGAAAAGCAAAAAGCUAGUUCCAGUAAUAACGCGGAUACAGAGCAUCAUGCUGUUGUUUCUACUUUUGAUUUAUUUUCAAUUGGCAUUGGCCCUUCUUCAAGUCAUACAGUGGGUCCAAUGCGUGCUGCAAAGAUAUUUAUUAAUGAUCUGAAAUCGCAUAGGGUUCUUGAAAAGAUCCAUUCUCUACGAAUAGAUCUAUUUGGAUCACUUGCACUGACCGGAAAAGGUCACGGCACGCCAAACGCUAUUCUGAUGGGCAUGGAAGGUGAAACGCCGGAAAACGUUGAAACAUCCACCAUAUCAUCGAGAGUAGAGUCAAUCUACAACAAUGGCAUUCUUAAUCUUGACGGAUCGCAUCCAAUCCAAUUCGAGCAAAAACAUUUAGUCUUUCAUUACUUCAAGUCGUUACCUCAGCAUCCAAAUGGUAUGCGUUUUUGUGCAUUCGAUAAAUAUGGCGAUCUGAUUGCAACCAACGAAUUCUUUUCCAUAGGCGGCGGAUUUGUAGUCAACGAAGCGACACAAAUCCAACAUGGCGAAAACCUCUUCUACAAAAGCUACAACAAGAAUGCGAUUUCCAAAACGCGUACACAGCAAGAUAUGGCCGUCACCACGGCUGCACUACCAUUUAGGGACGCCGGAGAACUGUUAAGUGUGUGUAGACGCGAAAAUUUGACCAUUGCUCAGGUAGUAUACGAGAACGAGUUACGAUGGCGAAGUAAAGAGGAGAUUUCGAAAAAAGUCGCGGAAAUCUGGGAUACGAUGAACAAAAGUAUUGAGAAUGGGUGUUUUAGUGAUGAAGAGUAUUUGCCGGGUAAACUUCGAGUGAAGAGACGAGCGCCGGGAUUGUAUGAGAAAUUGUUGAGAGGAUUGUAUUCAUCGCCGGCGGCAGCUUCUAGGCGUGGUUAUCGUAACGAUAUUACUAUAAAUCCGGGAGAUGACCAGAUUACGCUUCUGUCAACAUCUGCAAUUUUGCCACAUCCGCUUCCGAAACGACAACCGAAACGAUCGACGUUGUCUGCGUUGGAAUAUCUCUCUGUUUACGCUAUUUCGGUAAACGAAGAGAACGCAGCAGGUGGCAGAGUAGUUACAGCACCAACAAAUGGAGCUGCAGGAGUAAUCCCGGCUGUGCUAAAAUACUAUUUAGAAUUCAUUUCCACGGAUCCGGAACAUGAUGUGAUGGAAUUCCUCUUCACCAGUGCUGCUAUCGGGAUGCUAUAUAAACGAGGUGCAUCUAUCAGUGCGGCUGAGAUGGGAUGUCAGGGCGAAGUCGGCGUUGCUUGCAGUAUGAGUGCAGCGGCAUUCACCGCAGUGAUGGGUGGUACUCCUGAACAAGUUGAGAAUGCCGCGGAAAUAGGUAUGGAACAUAAUUUAGGAUUAACAUGUGACCCGAUCGAUGGUCUUGUUCAAAUUCCGUGCAUUGAGAGAAAUGCAUUAGGCGCUGUGAAGGCUGUAGCUGCAGCACAACUAGCUCUAAACGGUGACGGAUAUCAUCGCGUGACGCUCGACCAAGUUAUCGAGACAAUGCGUCAAACCGGGAUUGAUAUGCAGAGUAAAUAUAAAGAGACAAGUCAAGGUGGAUUGGCUGUUAAUGUGCCGGUGUGCUGA